UACCUAAAUAAUGACCAGUAACGCCCUUCGGGUCAACACCGCGGGGUUCCAGCCACUACGCUGAAGGGGGGAGGGGGCCCCGAAGGCCCCGCUGGAGAUUGUCGCGGACCCCCUUAUCUUUUUCUACGAUAGAAGGCGUUCGGGCUAUUGAGAAUCACUAACCUUCCUCGAGAUUGAAAUAACAUAAGUAUUGAGCUGAUUCUCGGAUGAACAUAUUUUUUUCAAUGUCAAAUUCCGGGCCGACAUUGAUCUAAAGCCAUCUCUAGCCUAACCCACUUUCGCGACUAAUUCGGAUCACUCGUUGAGAUUCUCUUAAUCUACAUCUCACCUAUUACGCCAUCAUCAAGCAAAAUGGGCUCCUGUGAUCCAGAGCCUCAAAAGCUCUUCAUAGAAACACCGUGCAUCCCAUCGCCGCCCCUUUCGCGUAUAGCAGGUUGCAAUGUCUUCCUUAAGCUGGAAAACCUCCAGCCAUCCGGCUCGUUCAAAUCGCGAGGGGUUGGAAAUAUGAUGUACCAAGCCAUGCUCGCUAAACCUGCUGGAAAUGCGCACUUUUACUGCUCAUCUGGGGGCAAUGCAGGCCUAGCGUGUGCAACAGCGGCUGGUACACUGAGUCGGCCGUGUACUAUUGUCGUACCCACGCUCACACCUGCACAUAUGAUAGAGAAAAUGCGCCUACUCGGCGCCACAGCCCAUCAAAUAGGCCCCAAUUGGGCCGCCGCAGAUGAGCACCUUCGCACCGAACUGCUCGCUCACGACCCAGCCGGCAUUUACGUACCGCCUUUCGACCACCCAGAUGUCUGGGAGGGCGCGAGUUUCAUUGUCGAUGAGCUGGUCAAGCAAGUGAAGCCUCUAGGCGCGCAAUCUAUUGACGCCAUCCUCUGUAACUGUGGCGGCGGCGGCCUCCUCAAUGGUAUCAUGGCGGGUGUAACCAAGAACCUCUCCACGCAAACCCCCAAACCAAAAGUCAUAGCCGUGGAAACCAUCGGCGCUGAAAGUCUUAACGCUAGUAUCCAGGCUGGUCAUCUCGUCACACUUCCCGCGAUAACCAGCAUCGCAAUCAGUCUCGGCGCGCCGCGCGUCUCCGAGCGCACGUUCCUGUGGGCGACGCGCGAUGCGCCGGAUAUACUGCAAAGCGUCGUAGUCACCGAUGCCGAGGCCGUGGAUAGCACGAUACGGUUCGCGGACGAUGCGCGUAUGUUGGUUGAGACGGCUUGUGGAGCUACGAUUGCGGUGGUGUAUAACGGGGAGUUGAGGAAGAUCGUGGGGGCGGGUUUGAGCGAUGAGGAGUGGAGUCGGAAGAAUGUUGUUGUGGUUGUAUGUGGAGGGCAGAAUAUCUCGUUAGAGAUGUUGAGAGAAUAUGCUGAGAAGUUUGGGGUUGGGAGAUAGUGACUACAUGAAGAACGCAACAUGAUAGAUAUUGAAACUAUUUAACGUGGCUGAUGCUUUAAGAGCUAAAGUAUCUAUAUAGACGACGCUAUAUGCAAACAUAUACUGUGUCAUAAAUCCCAUCUACCACCUA